ACCCCCUCCACCACCCCCUCGCAUCAAUUCGGCGCCAUACACGAGGCACCCGAAGCCGCCUUUGAAGCUGCAGAGGCAUGGUGCGCCUCAUACCCAGUCGACCCUCCUCGCCUCCUCGCCUCGUACGAGAUCGACGCGAUCCACGCGAGAGGCGCAAGGAUGUGGGGGCUUGACUACCCGAACGAGCACGCGCAGACGUCGUUCCGAGGAUUCAUCCGCAACCCAAAUGCAGAGGGGGAGGGGAGGAGCGUGACGCACGUGCGGUCGUUCCACGACGCGGAGGAUCCUGAGCGCGACUUCUGCCUGUUGGGCAAUAUACCCCUGCUGGCGGGAAAAUACGACGCGAGUGGGAAGAAAGGGGUGUACUACGAGGUGAAGGUGAUCAGGAUGACCAAGGGCCUAAACGGGAUUGUCGCAGUCGGCUUCGCAUGCAAACCCUACCCCCUUUGGCGCCUGCCUGGGUGGAACCGCCUCAGCGCCGGUUUCCACCUCGACGACCUCCGCGUCUUCUACGAGGACCCCACCGGUGGACACGACUACUGUAACACUCCGUCUACGCAGAACAUGACCCUCCAUGAGGGCGACGUGGUCGGAUGCGGCAUCCGCCACCCCGGCCGCCUCUUCUUCACGCACAAUGGGCGGCGCCUCGGCGACGUCACGGCGUAUCCGGCGGUGUUCAUGCCUCCGCGGGAGCACGAUGUGUACGCGGCGGUGGGUGUUGAGGGCGAGUGCGAGCUCGAGGUGAAUUUCGGGGCCGAUAUGUUUGUAUGGAAAGAGGGUAAUGAGGAAGCGUGGAGUCCUGUGGGGCAUGUUGGCGGGCGGAUGGAGGAGGGUGGGGGCAUGAAUGGGGAGCAACUGCCGACGUAUAGCCUGGUUUAGCUGAGUGAGGCGAGUGGACAACAAUGGUUUUGGUUGCGUUCCUAUGGUAUCCUUGUAUUGACACCUCAGGUGAUUGAGGGGGGUUCGCGAUCAGCUAAUUUAUACAAAUCUUCGACGC